AUGUAUUCCAGCCCUGACGAAUGCCUACAGAAACUGAAACGCCUCAUUGAGAAGUUUGUGCUGGACAAACAGUUGACAGGCGGGAUAUCUUCUGCCAGGGCACAAUCAACAACUUCACAAACAAUAUUUCCAUUAAUAACAACACAUUCAACAACACCUGCUACAACAACAACAACAACAACAACUACAACAACAACAUCUGCACCAAUACCAACAACAACAUCUGCACAGACAACAUUUGCAACAACAUCUGCACCAACAAUACUUACAACAAUACCCACUACAACAACAUCUUCACUGAGAACAGCAUCUACAACGACAUCUGCAUCAACAACACUAGCAGCCCUCCCAUAUGAUCCCUGCUAUAACUACACUGUGCUGGAUGAUUUACGGAGAGCAACCAACAAUCAAUUACAAUCAUCAUAUUACGCUCGAUAUACCUCUAAAUUAUUGUGUGACACUGAUGUCAACUGGGUCGGCUGGUAUCGUCUCUUUAUUCAGGGUCAGAGUGUUCAGUUGCCAGACACAUGUGUUGAUCAGUUAAGCUGCGGAACUCAUGCCCCACUGUGGCUGAACGGAGCACACCCACGAAUUGAGGAUGGGGUGGUGACCCGAAGUGUCUGUGGUCACUGGGGGAAUAACUGCUGUGGUUUCCAGUCGAAUCCCAUUAAAGUGAAAGCCUGCCCAGGAGGUUAUUAUGUCUAUGAGUUUGUGAGACCAACAGUCUGCUACUUGGCAUACUGUGCAGACGUUAGGAAUAUUAGCAUCAAUAAUCAUACUGUCACUCCGGAGCCAACCUUGGCAGCACCAGCAAUAUUUUAUUUAUUCGGCUCAGCAGCAGGAGACACAUACAAUACUGCUGUUGAAGAUGGAAGCUCCUCAGUUAUUCAGCUGUUGAGUCCAUUUCUGUUCUUUGGCCGCACAUACCAGCAGAUUUAUGUGAAUAAUAAUGGACACCUCACAUUUAACCAAGCUUCAAAUGAAUAUGUUCCCUACUCAUUCCCCGCUAACAGAAGCCAAGAUAUAAUUGCUGGUCUCUGGACUGAUCUUGACAACCGCCUGAGAGGUGUAGUUUCAUAUCGUCAGUACACCAGUGGAAAUGUCCUCACACGGGCCACUCGGGAUAUAAACACACAUUUCCCAAAUCUGUACUUCACUGCCUCUUGGGUGUUUGUUGCAACGUGGAAUAAAGUUGCUUACUAUGCUUUGACCAGUACAGAAACUUCAUUUCAAGUGAUUUUAAUUUCAGGCAGUAAUUUUUCAUUUAUUCUGAUGAAUUAUGGUGACAUUGCUGUAACAGGACAUCCAGUGCAGGCUGGUUAUGACACGAUAAACUCCACACACUACUUUGUGAUUCCUGGAUCAAACAAUGGGAGCUCCAUCUCAAACCUCAGGAACUCCAGUAAUGUUAAUGUUCCUGGUCGAUGGGCCUUCAGGGGUGGACGGUGGAUCAAAGUCAAACAAGGAGUACAUCACUGGACUUCAAGCAAAACUUUCCUCAUUUUCUGACCUAACAGAUACUGGAAACAUUCAGACCGUUUUACAGCAAAUCAAACAGGAGCUGGUCAAGUACGGUCUGCCAAACAGCAUAGAGCUGAAGUUAAGAAAAGUACAAAAGAUAAAGCCGUAAUAUCAGUCUGCUUCAGGAAAAGAAAUAAAACCGUUCUGUUCACUUAGUGCCUGACAGCAAAUAUCUAACUGAUCUUGUGAAGACUGAGAUUAAUGUGCUUUUUAUUUGAAGCUUUAAAAGGUGGAAGGAAAGUCCAAACAAAAUAUACUUCAGUACAAAAAACUGCUAAACUUUGACAUAUGUUCAUUUUUUAUUAUUACAAUAAUGAUUUUAUAAUCUCUUAACAUAAAUCAAAAAAAAAAAAAAAAAAAAAAAAACUUGUGAAAAGAUCUAUACUUAUGUGAAAAUGGAAAAUGGGCCAUCGAGUAAUGCUUUACAGCCAUCUGGUGAAAUUUCAUGUUUUUCUAAUUUUAAAAGUGUUUGUUUUCAAGUACAUUGAACCAAUUCCCCAUUAUGCUAUGGCACAUUGGCCAUAUUAUCCCCAUGAAUUAAAAUUAGGAAUGUGGGUCUUUCAUAAAGUGUAUUUUACAUAAAGCUAUUUAAAAUAUAUUUUAAUUUAUUUAUAUACAUGUAAAAAAAAAAUACCAUAAAUCCUCCCAAAAGUGCACAAAUGUAGAGCAAAAUCAUUAAUAAACCGAGUAAAAAAUUACAUUUGUUUUUAAAAAAGCAUUAUUAUCAUAUUUUUUUUUUGUGGGGGCCCAAAUAGCACGAGUGUAUACCCCAAACGAACAGCACAUAAGAGUUAAAGUGGUCUUACAUUAGGUACAGUAUAGUGGUUAAGAUGUAUAAUGUAUUGACAUCCACCCUAGGUUACCUGCACUUAUAAGAGUUCAUUUAUGUGACAAUAUCCAUUUAGAAAAAUCAUUUUUUUUUUUUUUUAUUCAAAUCUUUUCAAUGAGUCAAUUGAUAGAUGAUUACAAACCUAAUCUGAAUGAUCUGAUCACAAAUUGACUAAUCUGUUCCUCAAGUUAAAUUUUGGCUGCAGUGAUCUGAUUCAUAAACAACAACAACCAACACAUAUAUUGCUAAUUUCUCUGGACUCUGGUUUUAGGUGAACUAUUUUUUCUGUCAGGUUGAAAACUGCAUUUAAUGUUGAUAUGCCUAUUUGUCUCUUGGGACCCAGUGUGUUCUGAAAAAGGAAAUGUCACUCAACAGGAAGAAGAACUCGUUAUGUAUAAAUUCAGCAUGCGCUUUAGCAGUUAUCACUGAUCCUCCUCUUCUCUUUGUCUCAUUGUGCUUUGUGUUAUCACGUUAGCUAACCACUCUUUUGUUUUACCCAAACUUACGUAAGAAAAAACAUACCAUUGCAUACUUUUGCUUUUGCUUUUAAACACACUGAAUAGUCUCAGCCAUGAGAACAUUCAGAAGUACAUUACAAUACUGAAUGUAAAAUGUUUAAACAACUAUGUAAAUAUUAGAAAUAGACAUGAAGCUUGACAAGAAGGAAAUAACCUAAUCAUCACUCGAAUAAUACCGCAAUAUCAUUUACUUCAUUCUGAAAUGUUUAAAAGCAUCUUAAUACUGUAUAUGGGCUAAUAAGUGGACAAUACAUAAAAAGUGGAAUAAGUGGAAGAUUACAUUAUAAUUAAAGAUAUUAAAAUAAAUACAUGAA